ACAGCGGCGUGGCAUUUGUGUCACACUCGCAACAGUGUCAACAGUGACAAGGCAGAAAUAAACAAAUAUCUUGCCGAAUCAUUUUAUUCGUGCUGUACUAUUUUCCAUUUUCCGUAAUUUGAACAAAAAUUAAUCCAAAAUGAGUUUCGGUCUGCCAUCGCUUAAAAGCAAACCCAGUCAACCCCAAGAAUAUGGGUUUGAGGAGGGCGAGUUUGGGGUACCUGAGCUAAUGAAAACCGGAUUGGGAUCGGCAAGGGGCACCAUUGAUAAUGUGCACCCUUUGGCCCAGUCGGAAAAGAACUACCGUCAAAACGCCGACAAAAUGAACAUGCAAGUACUGCGAAACAUUCAAGGUUUACAUGCCCCAUUAAAAAUCGCUAUGGAACUGCAAUCCGCCAAAAAAAUCGGUCAUUUGCCAUUUUUAAAAUCUUCAAACGUCAUGUUGGAGUCACUUACCGGUCGUGAUCUAGAGAUGGCACCCGAGGACUUGUUUAAUACUGGGGAAUUUUUGGAAAUUACAGGACAACCACAUGCCAUGGUAGAGAGAUCGUUGGGAAUAUUUUAGAUUAUAAUUUAAUUUUUAUCAAUAAACUUUUUUUGUAAUAUG